ACCCUAUAGGUAUACCUAAUUGCAACACAACGAAAGCUUAUAAUAUUUCCUUUCAUGCGUGGCCUGAUUCGAAUCCGUUUUCAAUCAAUUUAUUCAUCAUCAAAAUCUGAGCCGGAAGCGUAUGGCCACCUUGAAUAACAUUAAUUCCCGUUAGAAACGGUAGUGCGAGAAUUUGCGCGAAACAUUUCAUUAGCGUCUAUUUCCAAUCUAACAGGACAGGCUGCUCCAAUAAACCUGUAUAUCGGACAUCGAUUGGGCUCCCAAUAUUUUUUACCCUGGAAAUUCGGGAGUUAGUAGUUCCAUAGUCAUGGAACCGGUUAUCGAAAAACAGCAGAUAGCACAACCAGAGCUAGAAAUAGAGAUGGAAUUCGAGGAGGGAAAGGUACAACAGACGUUAUAUCCAGAGUCGCAUUCAGAUAUUGUAAACCAAACCGUGGGACCGGAAUACGGAGCCAUCCGCUGCUUAUUCAGGGUGGCCAAACGAGAGUUUGUUGGACAAAGGAUCAUUUUGGAAGAGUUGAACCAUUGGUUAAUUGGAGCUCACUGUAUCGAAACAUUUCGCGUGAAUUUGUGGCAACUUGCCGAGCCGCAUAUACGACAAGCGGUCGUUGUGAAAACGGAUAAGAAUGGCACUGUGGUGGAUGUACAUUGGGGUGAUUCAACUAGGCCUACAAUGGAGGAGGGCGAUCGCUUCAUAACGUUUAUUGAUAAGCGAAAUCGAAGAUUCUAUCCAUGGAGACAUUUGAACGUUGCUGCCAUUGAAAGGUGGAAAAAUUCCACUUCAAUUGUAGUCUGUAUUUAUAUGUACUCAACGGCGAUAUCUUCACGGCCGAUCUUUGAAUUCGUUUCGGAUCAUUUGCUCAACCCAAAAGCACUAAGGCCAAAACCAAAAGUACGACCCGUGAUACCCCCGGCUGCCGAUGGGUAUAGUUUUCGAGACGAAGUUAGAGCCAUACGGGAAACAUUCCUUCAAAUGCGAGAUUUAAUGCACAUUCUGGAAAAUAGAAUUUCGCUGUUGGAGGCAAAGUGUGAUCAGUCGUUCCAGCGGGAACCAAUGAUCAUGAUGCCUGACAGAUUCGACCAGCAAGCAACAGAUCAAAAGUCCCACAAUUCAGAUCCAUUGCAAUACGAUAAAAUCAAGGAAGAAGAUGAAGAAGAAGACUGACACGGUUUUAUAUGGAAAUUUGUUUCAAUGUAUUAACUUUAUUUAAAUACAAAAAAUAAUAUCAAUUUUUCUAAUUCAAAA